GUUUCUGUGUUUCUGAUUGCCAUGUUUGUGUUUUUGUGUCGGGCUGCACCGACACAGGCACCAGAGACCACAGUGACGGGGGAAGAAAAGGCACUGGCUGAGGACUACCUGUCUCAGUUCUACUCAGAUGUUGGGACUUUAAAUUCAACCGUCAGCAGAAUCAGUAUAGAUUCUUUUGAGACACACCUUAAAGCCAUGCAGGCAUUCUUUGACCUAGAGGUCACUGGGGUGCUGGACAAAAAUACCCUUGAAGUGAUGAAAGCACCAAGGUGUGGAGUCUCCGAUGUGAGUAGAUAUGGCCACUUUCCUGGACGCCCAAAAUGGGAGAAGACAGCCAUCACAUACAGAAUAACAAUGUACACACCAGAUCUGAGUAGAGCAGAGGUGGACGCCACCAUUGCCAAGGCCUUUAAAUUAUACAGCGAUGUCAUCCCCCUGGAUUUCCAGCAAAUUUACAGUGGAACUGCCGAUAUCAUGAUUCUCUUUAAAGGCGGAUACCAUGGUGAUUUUUACCCAUUUGAUGGGGCUGGUGGUGUCUUGGCCCAUGCUAACUCACCUGGGCAGGGCGUAGGAGGGGACACGCACUUUGACGAUGAUGAGCAUUGGACACUAAGCCAGAGAGGAAUCAAUCUGCUGCUGGUGGCUGCCCAUGAGUUUGGUCAUGCUUUGGGAUUGGAUCACUCCAGGGAUAGGAGGGCAUUAAUGUACCCAACCUAUCAGUAUGUGAACACAAACGGCUAUAAACUACCUGACGAUGACAGAAGGGGUGUUCAGGAUUUGUAUGGUGUUCGGAUACCAUCAGGGAGACCUGACCCUGUACCCAAACCUACUCCUGAACCCGAACCAGAACCAGAACCUGAACCAGAGCCAGAACCAGAACCAGAACCUGAUCCUAAACCUAAUCCAAAAGAUGAGCAGUGCAGCCGUGAACUAGUGUUUGAUGCUGCUACUUCUAUCUGGGGAGAUCUCUAUUUCUUCAAAAAUGGGUACUACUGGAGGAAAAGUACACGAUACCCAACGAUUCGUUUAACUCACGUGAAAUCCACGUGGUCUGGGAUUGACAAUGUAGAUGCUGCCUACGAAGUUAAAACACAAAAUACCGCAUUCCUCUUUGACGGAAAUAAUUACUGGGGAUUAAAAGCAUCCACCAAAGCCCUUCUCCCUGGAUACCCAAAGCCCAUAUCCAAAUUAGGCUUCCCAUCAUGGGUCACAAAAGUGGAUGCUGCUGUGCAUGAGCCUACGUCCAGAAAAACCCUUUUCUUCGUGGGCAAGUCAUACUGGAGUUUCGACGAAGUACGUUCCCAGAUGGACCCCGGAUAUCCAAGAUCCAUCUCACAGGAUUUCCCAGGAAUUGGCUCAAAAGUGGAUGCUGCUUUUGAGAAUUAUGGGUACCUUUAUUUCUCUGAUGGACCGAGACAGAGCGAGUAUAGCUAUUACUACAAGAGAGUGGUCCGUACUCUGCUGAACUAUGGCUGGCUGAAUUGCUACUAA